AUGCGCCAGCUAGUUGUACAAGAAGAAAUGCUUCAAACUACGCAGAAACGAAUCGAAACGAACUAUCGCUUAAUAAGAAGCAGAAUUCAAUCGAAACAGGACCAACGAAUUAAAGAGAUGCAACAACAAACAGACACGCAACUUCGUGACUUCGGCAAUCGCUUCAAAAGUACCCAGGCCGAGUUACCUCAACGCGUUGAGACUUUGGUAAAGUUGAGCUUGGAACGACGCAACGACUCGCUUCAAGACCAGCUUCAACAAAAGCUUUUGAAAGCGCAAGCCCAGCCCCUCCGUGAUAUAGAAUCUAAGAACCAGAACUCUUUCGCUGCUAUAAGUGCAAAACUGGACAGGGCAGCGGUGGAAACGGCCGGCUUACACACAAAACAGGAGCUGUUUGAAAGUAGAAUUGAACGAACCAUGCAACACACAAAAAAAGAAGUCAACGAGCACCUGACGUCAAUCAUUCUCCGCUUGGACAAGCGGCACGAUCUAUGGCAAACCACACCCAUCAUUGAAUCCUCUCAAGAUGUAUCAGUUGCUAGCGAGACCCAAGCACCGAUGUCAUUAGAGACGAGACAACUCGACAUUCCUGAUGCAGUAGUAAAUUCACCAAAACGAGGAGCAAGACCACUACCUGACACGCAACAUGGCACUCAAGUACUAUCGGGUGGCAUGAACCAGUCCCUAGACGUGGUGUGGAAUUACGAAUUCAAGCAAGCGCCGAUGCAAGGAGCAGAGCCGAUUGCGAGAUCGUUGCAGAGUCUUUUGUACGCGUCCGCGAGCGACGACGAACGCAACAUAGCCCUCAAGAAAUCGCCACUGAUGCAGCGUCUCGCUGACUUGUUCCGUGAGCAUUUGAAGAACGUGAAGACGUUCGCUCGAAGAGCUGCGGUGCGCGCUCUCGAAGCGCUUCUGAGGGUCCACGCAGGCGACACGGCUCACGCAUCAUCCAAGAAAGACCAAUUUGACAUCCAUACGCGCAGUACAGACUCGUCUUUUGUUGUCCGCGCGCAGUCUAUCAAGUCGUUGUCAGCAAUUCUACUCAAGUUCCCACGCGAUGAAGAUUCGCACAACCUGUGA